UCUGCAGGAUAUCAUGUGUAUGGAAUGUCUUUCCCGGAAGCUAAAGGAAGCAGUGACCCUGUAUCUGAGAGUUGUGAGGGUUGUGGAUCUCUGUGCAGGGCGGUGGUGGGAAUACAUGCCAAGUGGUAAGUGAAUUUAACUUAUAAGGCACAGUAGACCCCUACUCAAAAGUAGUAAUAAUAAUCCUAUCAAACAUUCAAAGGCAUUGAACGUCACCAUGUAAGUAGGGAGGCAGGAUUUUAUAAAUUAGAACUUAAAGGUAUAGGUUAGUAAAAUGCAUUUUACCUGAAUCGUUACUGUUUUAAUGGUCUGCUUCUUUUUUGUUUCCUGCUCCUUAAGAGAUUACUUCAGCCUGUUCCAAAAAUAUAUGUUUGGAAAACACUUAUUGAGCCUUUGCUUAAUAUUAGACCAAGUAUCCUGUAUGAUGCAGGUUUUCUGGUGAAUGGUAACAUUCUUCAUCAUAGUUUUCCUAUUUACCUUUACUGCACCAUUGCUUAAACAAGUGUUUAUCUAUUUUUGUAAAGCUACUCUAGUAGGCCACAGAAAUUGCACUUCUGGGACUUUCUUUUCUUAACCACUUGAAGGAGACCUAUAGUGGGUCUUGGAGAUUAUGAAAUAAGACAGUGGCCUUGCAGGUGAAGAACUCACAGCAGCCUAACCAUAAUAAAUUGACCUCAAGUGAAGGGGCCAUUGGAAAAGAAAGUUGAUGGCUUCAGCUAAGCAGAGCACUGGCUGAAAGAAUUAAAAUUAAAGGCCAAUUGAGGCUUCUUUUCAAUUGACACCAAUCCAUUAAUUAGUGCCCUUUAGUUAUUGUUGUUCAGCAAGUUUGAAUCUUUUUUAACCAUCUUUUCUUCUAUCUUGUCCAGAUUAAGAGACUGAAAAUGUGAUGGGAGUGGGAGCUUAAUAGAAGUAAAGAGCUGAGGAGAUAAUAAUCUUGUUCCAUUCUGCAGAGGUUACACUGUGUCUGGGAUACUGGAAUAUUGUGCAGUUUGAGAUGCUAGAUCCUUUCAAGAGGGUCAUCAGUAACCUGACUAUUAUUUGGCUAAAGUUUUACAGAUUCCAGUUUUCUAACACUGUUGAAGAAGAUGCCAGAUGUUGAACAGCUUUAUGGCCUUCACCCUAGAUACCUUGAGAGGCGAAGGGUGCGGGGCCAUGAGGCCUUUAGCAUUCCAGGAGUCCUAGAAGCUUUGCAGGCAUGCCCAAACUUAGUGGGUGUGGAGACUUCUCAUUUGGAGUUGGUAGAAUCUAUUUGGACAUAUAUGCCACAUGUUCAUAUUUUGGGGAAAUUUCGUAAUCGCAAUGGAGCAUUUCCAAUUCCUCCUGAAAAUAAACUGAAAAUUCCUAUAGGAGCCAAAAUUCAAACUUUACAUUUAGUGGGAGUGAAUGUUCCUGAAAUUCCUUGCAUCCCAAUGCUAAGGCAUCUUUAUAUGAAGUGGGUCAGACUUACUAAACCACAGCCAUUUAAAGACUUUCUUUGCAUCAGCUUACGAACUUUUGUCAUGAGGAACUGUGCAGGACCCACAAAUUCCUUGAAAUAUGUCCCUUUAGUGACAGGCUUAGCCUCUGCCCGAAACUUGGAACACUUAGAAAUGGUUCGAGUUCCCUUCCUUGGAGGUCUUAUCCAACAUGUAGUUGAAGACAGUUGGAGAUCAGGUGGCUUUAGAAAUUUGCACACUAUUGUUUUGGGAGCUUGCAAAAAUGCUCUUGAAGUAGAUCUUGGUUACCUCAUCAUCACUGCAGCCCGUAGGUUACAUGAAGUUCGGAUCCAGCCCUCUCUAACCAAAGAUGGUGUCUUUUCUGCCUUAAAGAUGGCAGAGUUGGAGUUCCCCCAGUUUGAAACCCUUCAUCUGGGAUAUGUAGAUGAGUUUUUGCUGCAGAGCAGAAUGGCUAAUGCAGAUCUGGUGAAGUAUGGUUUAGCCGAUGUGGUAGAAAAUCCUGGUAUCAUCACUGAUAUAGGGAUGAAGGCAGUCAAUGAGGUUUUUUCCUGUAUCAAAUAUCUGGCAAUUUACAAUUGCCCCCAUCUACAUAACCCAUACAAUUGGAUCUCAGAUCACUCAAGAUGGACUCGAUUGGUUGAUAUCAACCUAGUGCGGUGCCAUGCAUUGAAGCUGGACUCUUUUGGCCAGUUUAUUGAAUUGUUGCCCAGCCUGGAGUUUAUUUCACUGGACCAGAUGUUUCGUGAACCACCCAAGGGCUGUGCUCGAGUUGGUCUGAGUGCUGGCACGGGAAUUGGGGUUUCCUCGGCCCUUGUUAGCAACCAAAACUCCAAUAAUGACAAUGAUAAUAAUGCCCAGAAUAACAAUGCCAACAUCCACGACAACAAUCACCAUCAUCCAGAUGAGUCAGAUGAGGAGAAUGACUUUCGGCAAGACCUGCAGCAAGGAGAGCAGCAGUUUGCAGCCGACGCAUUGAAUGAGAUGGAAGACAUGGUGCAAGAAGAUGGAGAGAUGGUAGCUGAGAGUGGGAACGAGACUCCAGCUCACAGUCAGGCAGUUAUUCCCGUGGAUGUUGAUGAGGAACAAGCAGGACCCAGUGGUCUUCAGCGUGUAGUAAAACCAACCCCCAUUACUGUUCAUGAUUCAGAGAGUGAUGAUGAGGAAGACAGUCUAGAACUCCAAGAAGUCUGGAUUCCUAAGAAUGGUGCUCGACGUUACUCUGAGCGUGAAGAGAAAAUCGGAGAGUCAGCGCAGUCCAGGGAACUGUCAGCAGUAAGUGGAAAAGGCAAGACUCCACUUCGAAAGAGGUACAACUCCCAUCAGAUGGGCCAGUCGAAGCAGUUUCCCCUCGAGGAAAGCAGCUGUGAGAAAGGCUGUCAGGUCACCAGUGAGCAGAUCAAAGCCGAUAUGAAAGCAGCUAGGGAUAUUCCUGAAAAGAAAAAAAACAAGGAUGUUUAUCCCAGCUGCAGCAGCACCACGGCCACCACAGUGGGAAACUCCAGCUCACACAGCACUGCUUCUCAAAGCCCCGACUUUGUAAGGACGGUGAACAGCGGCGGCUCUUCCGAGCCUAGCCCUACAGAAGUGGAUGUGUCCAGGCAGUGUGUCUGCUCCCCCGGUGGGUCAGAGGACUCUGAGGCCAUGGAGGAGGGAGAUGCAGAGAGUUCUGUCUGCCCCAGAUGCUGCUGUCACAGGCCCCAGGAAUCCCAAAGGAGAACUAGCAGGUGUUCUGAUGAGGAACGUCCUUCAACCAGCCGAGCCUGUGUUGUGAAUGGCCCGGAUGGUACGAGAUCCGCCUUUUCCUUUAGGACUCUGCCUCACGGGGGGUCUUCAGGCCCAGCACAUGAUGAGAGGACUAAUGGGAAUGGCUCUGGGGCUACAGGUGAGGACAGGAGGGGGAGCUCCCAGCCUGAGAGCUGUGACGUGCAGUCUAAUGAAGACUAUCCUCGGAGGCCCCUAACAAGGGCCAGGAGCAGACUCUCCCAUGUACCGCUGGUAUCUGAGUCAGAGGUUGCCAAAACAAAGCCACGCCAUGCCAUGAAGCGGAAGCGAAUGGCAGAUAAGUCCACCAGUACCAGUGAUCCUGUGAUUGAGGAUGACCAUGUACAGGUCCUUGUAUUAAAAUCCAAAAAUCUUGUUGGAGUCACUAUGACCAACUGUGGAAUCACAGAUCUAGUGCUGAAAGACUGCCCCAAGAUGAUGUUCAUCCAUGCUACCAGGUGCAGGGUACUGAAACAUUUAAAAGUAGAAAAUGCACCAAUUGUAAACCGAUUUGACUACGCACAAUGCAAGAAACUGAAUAUGGAUCAGGUACUAGACCAGAUACUAAGGAUGCCUCCUGAGAGAAACCGCAUCAUAUACCUGCGCCCAAUGCAGCAGGUGGACACACUCACUUUGGAGCAGAAACUAUUCAGUGGUCCCUACCCCUAUCACAUCUGUAUUAUCCACGAAUUCAGUAACCCUCCCAAUGUCCGGAACAAGGUGCGCAUUCGCAGCUGGAUGGACACUAUAGCAAACAUCAACCAAGAGCUUAUUAAGUAUGAAUUCUUUCCUGAAGCCACUCGAAGUGAAGAAGACUUAAAAAAGUACCCCAAGUACCCCUGGGGAAGAGAAAUCUAUACAUUAGAAGGCGUUGUGGACGGUGCUCCGUAUUCCAUGAUUUCUGACUUCCCUUGGCUUAGGUCACUACGGGCAGCAGAACCCAAUAGCUUCGCACGAUAUGAUUUUGAAGAUGAUGAAGAAAGCACCAUCUAUGCCCCUCGAAGGAAAGGGCAGCUAUCUGCAGACAUCUGUAUGGAAACAAUAGGAGAAGAAAUUUCAGAGAUGCGUCAGAUGAAGAAGGGCGUGUUUCAGCGAGUAGUGGCAAUUUUUAUCCACUAUUGUGAUGUUAACGGAGAGCCAGUUGAAGAUGACUACAUUUGAUUGGCUCCUCCUACUUUCCACCUGUUCCUGCAGAAAACUCCUCCAGCUGCAUGAGUGCACACAGACUGAGGCACGCAGUUUGGAGACGCUGGCUCAACUUGGUAUAUAGGAAAUGUAUAAGGAACAUUGAAAUUGUAUACAAAGAUUUGUACAUAUAGGAACUAUACAAAAAGAAGAUGCUUCCUAAAGUACCAACUUUAUAUCAUAUGUUUAUACAAUUUAAUUUAAAAAUUCAUUUUAAUGAAAGUGGAUAAUUUCAGAGAGUUCAUUUUCACUUUUCUUGACUUAGUUCAUAAAGUAUCAUUUUCGGCUGACUCCCCUCUUACUGUAUUCUUAAUCACUGUCAUCCACUUAAAUCUGUGCCUUUUUGAGCGAAGCUAUUGAGUAAAUCUGUUGAAGAGUGUGUCUUGUGUGCUUUUUUUUUUUAAUUGUUAUUAAAACACCAACUAAACCCUAUAGUCGGAGAAGGCUGUAUGUUUCUGUACAAAUUUGUGAAUUUUUUUUUUUUUUUAGGAUUAUACUUGCCAUGUUUCUUAAAAUCAAGUAAAAAGUCUCAUGAGCUUAAAAGAAAAAUUGAGUUUGCAGGGGAAAUGCAAAAGUUUCCAUAGCAUUUAGUUAUUUAUUUUCACAUUCAAUUGUGUAUCUACUUUAACUUGAAUAUAAAAAUAAAAGUUUAUUAAAAACUUU